AAUACUAUUAUAAUAUGAAUAUGAAAAUAUUGUGAUUAGUUGGGAUUGUUUUUAAAGGGUGGUUCUUAAAUUUAUUUUGAUUUUUAACCUUUAUAACAAGUUCUUAACAUGGGACCUACAGAUCCAUCCUGCUUAGAAGAGGAAAAAUGCCAUUUUUAUUUCAGUAUAAUUGAUUUUCUUUUAAAUUCUAUAUAUUUCAUUUUAUGCACUGAAAAACCUAAAGAGGCUCAUAGGCUUUAUCACGUCAAAGCAAUUCAAGACACAUAUAUUUGUGUUAAUUUCCUAUAUAUUUUUAACAAAACCUCUUAUCAGAUUUCUCUCUUACAAAAUGAGGAAAUAGACUAACAAUUUAUUCACUUUAUUCAAGCUCACAUUCCCAAUAGUGGAAUUUAGACUUAAAUAUAGGUUUCCUGGCCUGGAGUUCAGUUUCCUUUUAUACCAGUAUAAUCUUAUUUGGAAAACAUACUUGAAUGCCUAACAUGAUCUGUUAUUCUGGGACAUUUACUUUCACUAAUGUGUACUGAAAGAUUCCCUAAAAGAAUUUUUAGCCAACAGGAUCUAUAAACUUAAAAAAAGAAUAAAAUUUUCAGUACGAUUUCCUGUGUAAUUCCAUGUAUUUUUUUUUUAAUGUUUAUAAAGUGAUCCAAGAAUGUCAUCUAGAGACUGCCAAAGUUCCUUACAUAAAAAUGUUUAAGCCCUACUCAAUAAAUUAGUAGAUAGUUUUAGUUUUAAUAUCUAAAAAAAUCAUCAUGUUAUGGUCAAACUGAUACUGGUGCUAUUCUGAGCUAGCUAUUGGAAAUACAAAGACAAAAAUAUAUUAGAUCUUACCCUCAAGGAGCCUAUAUUCUAGAGAGAGGGAUAUAAUUUCAUGUUAAAUAAAUAGAAGGUAAGAAAGAAAUGGCUGGUACCUGAAAGCCUUUUUGGUUUGAUAGAUUGUAUUAGACCUCAACUCAAGUAGACUUGUGAGACUUCAAUGCCACCUUACGUCAUUAGGUGGGUACUGGGUGGGGUAUUAAGUGGCAGAUACAGAACUAAAAGGAACCUUUGAAGGCUAUGUAGUCCAAAAGUUAAGUGCCUUGCUGCAGAGUCACAGCUAUAAAAGUAUCAGUAAACAUUAACUGAACUUGUGUGUUCCAGACUCGGAGCCAAGACUAUCUUAUAUGCCAUCGUGCCUCAAUGAUUUUUUUAAUAGCAAAGUGCCCAGUAAAUACUAGUUGAGUGACAUUGAGAAUUUGUUAUAUGGCUUACAACAAAAUUGACAUGUUGAGUGUCAAUCUAAAUAAACUGUGAUUAGAUCCACUGAACUAUGUAUGAUUUAAAUAAUUGGUUUUAUUAAAACAGGCUGGUAGUAAACAUUUUAAAGAACUUUUCUAAUAUAUGUCAGUUCUAAUAUAUUCAGUAGGUGAAUUAAUAUUGUCUAAAAUUUCAAAUUAGAAUUAAAAGUUUUCUUAUGUUAGUACCUUUUUAAAUAAUGUUUACCUGUUAAGUGAUGGUCUUCUGUCGUUUCUAUGUCCAACUCUGUAUGGACCCUAUUUGGGGUUUUGGCAAAGAUACUGAAUUUUCUUCUCCAGCUAAUUUUAUGUAGGAGAAACUGAUGCAGUAUUAAGUGACUUGCCCAGAAUCACACAGUUCAGUGAGGUUGCAUUUCAACUCAUGAAAAUGAGUAUUCCUGAUUGGAAGCCUAGCACUUAAUGCACCAUCCAGCUGUAAAGUGACUUGCCAGAGGUCACACCAAUAAAUGAUGGUAAAGCCAGAACCAGAAUACUAUCUUUAUUAGUCGAGACGGACUAAUACACACACAGACACACACAGACACACACGCACAGAGUUUUAAAAUGUCACAAAUUCUAGCUAUAUAUUAUGUGUAUGGUACUGUGGAAAGUGGGGAAUACAAGAGAAAUUUUAGUAAAAUAAAGGAUCUGAUCUUUCCUUCCAAUUCUAAAUUUACAUCUUAUAGCACAGUCUCUGCAUACAAUGUUUAGGAUCUUGUACAAGAUUACAAAAAACAACAAAACAAAACCCCAAACUUUAUGUAUAGUAUUGCUGUUCAGACAUUUAGUCACCUCCCACUGUGACCCAGUACUGACCACACUUCAUUGGGUUUUCUUGGUAAAGAUGUUGGAGUGAUAUGCCAUUUUCUACUCCAGUGGAUUAAGGCCAACAGAUUAAUUGACUUGCCCAGGAUCACACAGCUAAAAUGAGGCUGAAGAGGAUUUGACUCAGGAAGACUCAUCUUCCUGACUCCAGAUGUGACACUCCAGGUGGGUCACUCUGAUCCCGGGCAAAUCAAUUCACCCUGUUUGCCUCAGUUUCCCCAUCUGUAAAAUGAGCUGGUGAAGGAAAUGGCAAUUGGCUCCUCUAUCUCUGCUACACAACGGGACAAAACUGAAGCGAUGAGAAACUUGUAGGCUCCAGGCCCCAAGCUCUAUCCUUCCGGUCAUCUAGCUGCCUCUCUGUAUAUUACCGUUCCCUCAUCAGGGCCGAGGAGAAUGGAUUAUUCAGGGUGGCAGGCAUGGAUCGAGGUGCUGGACUCCCAGUCUAAGGCUUUUGUCUGAAUCCUGUCUCAGAUCCCAGCUUGGGGAACCCUGGGAGGGUCCUAUUAACUCUUGGCACUGGAUCAAAUGAAAUAAAACAUGUAAGGAGCUUUGCAAACGUCGAAGUGUUCCAUAAGUACUAGUUAUAAAAUUCUGAGCAGAAAUGGACAGUGUAGCUCAAUACCUUCACUUUUUAGAUAGGAAAGCUGAGGCUCCUAGGUGAGACUUGCCCCAAGGCUGAGCUAGGAACAUGUUUUCUGACUCCAAAUUUGGCAGUCAAUCCUGGAUUCUUUUCGCCCUUUUGCUGCUUUUCCCACCCUCCACUUCGUCCCUCCCUUUUUUUCCUUCCUCUCGCCUCCGUGGGGUGUUACAACCAUGGUUUUUGUCAGGAACGGGGGCCGAGGCUCUGAGUUGAGCAGUGAAUUGUCCGAGGUCACACAGCUAAGAGACCGGCGGAGCGCCAGUCCCUGAUCCAUCACAUCGAACAGCCCCCCGCGCCCCACCCCCGGGCCGGGCACCUACACGGAAGGCAGUCCGGGUGGUCCCAACGACGGCGCUAUUCACACAACCAGCGUCUCGGGACGAGAGAGGAGCAAUCGGAGGCUGCUCCGCCACGAUUAUUUGAGCAGAUGAAGUUAACAGACCUAAGGCCGAGCGGGGGGCAAUCCCUCGGGGAAAGCUACCUCUCAUUCAGCCUCCCGAAAGACACGCAGCUCAGCCCACGGGACAGUAGGGUGGGGUUGGGUGGGGUGGGUAUAUAUAAAUAUAUAUAUAUACGGGGGUGGGGUGGGUGGGUUCAGGAAAAGUGGUCGGCCUUCCAGGAAGCGGAAGUGACGUGACUUCCCCGGAUGUUUACCCGUUCCCGAAGUAACCUGUACCCUCCAGAUUCCUGACUACGGGGAGUUGGAGGUUGAAAGCUGGAAACCGAUAGCGAAGACAGAGACGACUGUGUCGCCGAAGGCGGCUGGGGGUCGUCUCAGUGGCCUCAGGAAUACCCCUUGCCCGUGUCCAUCGCCACCCCCCUCGAGCCCAUGACCGUCUCGAAUUCCAGGAAGAAGAUUCACUUUGUUAGUAUACAUGAUGCAGUGAAAGCUGGUGAUGUGAAACAGCUAGCAGAAAUUGUAGAGAGUGGAAUCAACAUUAAUGAGGUUGAUGUCCUCCAUAAAUUUACCCCUUUACAUUGGGCAGCACAUUCUGGAAGUUUGGAGUGUCUUCACUGGUUGCUGUGGCAUGGGGCUGACAUCAAGAGUGUAACCCCAGGAGGUUGGACAGCUGCUCACAUUGCUGCAAUCAGAGGUCAAGAUGCCUGUAUGCAGGCUCUUAUAAUGAAUGGAGCAGAUCUUUCUACUCAGGAUGUUCGCGGCUGCACUCCAUCACACCUUGCUGCAACACAUGGACAUUCUUACACAUUACAAGUUAUGCUCAGAAGUGGAGUGGAUCCCAAUGCUUCUGAUAAAUGUGACUGGAAACCUGUGCAUUAUGCUUCUUUUCACGGGCGCCUAGGCUGUCUGCAACUUCUUGUUAAAUGGGGAGCCACUCUAGAAGAUGCGGAUCAGAAUGGAAACCUUCCAGUUCAUUUUGCAGCAAUGGAAGGUCACCUUUACUGUUUUAAGUUCUUACUCAGUAGAAUGAGCAGUGUGACGCAGGCCUUAAAGGUCUUCAAUGAUAAUGGAGAAAAUGCAAUGGACCUAGCACAGAGAUUCUUCAAAGACAACAUUCUACAGUUUAUACAGGGGACUGAAUUUGAAGGAGAUAAUCAAAACAAUCAGGAAAAUUUAGCAUUUCCAGGUCAUGCAGCUGCUUAUAAAGGAGAUUUGGAGAUGCUUAAAAAAUUAGUGGAAAAUGGAAUAAUUAAUAUCAAUGAGCAUGAUGAUAAUGAAUCUACUCUUCUGCACAGAGCUGCUGGUCAAGGUCAUAUAGAAUGUUUGCAGUGGCUGAUUGAAAUGGGAGCUGAUGUUAAUAUUACCAACAAAGAUGGGGAGACUGCAGCUGACACAGCUAAGAAGUUUGCCCAUUUGUCAGCAGUAUCACUUUUAGCAGGGUUACAGAAAUAUGAAGUUGAAGAUCAUACUGAAAUUGAUGACCAGGAUGUGAAGUUUUUUGAAAAACAUGGUGUUGAAGGAAGCACUGAUGCAAAGAAUGAGUUAUCUCAGAGUGAAGCUGAAAAAAGAGAUGCACGAAUAAGAGCUUAUCAGAAGAUUGUAGAAUUGAGACAUCUUCUAGAAAUUGCUGAAAGUAACUAUAAACAUCUGGGAGGAAUAUCAGAAGAAGACAUAAAACAGAAGAGAGAAGAUCAAGAGUCUGAAAGGAUGAUCAAAGAGCUGCAGGUCCAACUAGAAGGUGAACGAUUACGUAGAGAGAAAUUGGAAUUUCAACUAGAUGAAUUCCGAGCAGAAGUCAGUCAUCACCGAACUCCUGUCGAUCAAAUUCGCCUCACCAGUUCUGUGGAGGAUGACUCUUCUGACUCAAACAAAGAUAAAAGAAAAGUGAAAAAAAAGGUCACAUCCUCUGGAGGAGUAAUUUUGAGAAGAUAAUCAGUGAGUGACACUACUUUCAAUGAAAAAAAUCUGUUUGAUUUUUCCCUUUCAUGUUAAGUUGACAUGUCUCCUAUUCAUUGCUCAGUAUUCUUCUGAAGGGCAAAGAUCUGUGCUAUUACAUGAUUGAAAAAAGCAAAAAUAUAAAUGAACUAUUGUAAAGAAUUUAACGUAUUAAAUUAGUGUAGUGUCAUUCUUCCCCUCUUACCCCCAUACACUUUUCAGAUAUCUUCUUAGGCAAUGUCAAAGAUUCAAAAAUAGAUUUAUACAUGUUAAUAAAAUUGGCUUUACAAAAAUGUAAAGUAAACCAA